UGGCAGUCUCUUUCUAUGAAAAACGACAUCGUGCAACUUCAAGUGCCGAUUACACUAAACAGAGAGGAGGCUUACAAGGUGUGUGAGACCGGACUUUGGUGUUCCAUGGAAAAAGCGGGGUACGCAUGGGCAGUCGCGGCAGGACUCAAUGCUGCUCUCGCUGCCAUUUUCGCAAAGCUCAUCGCUACUCAGAUUUUUAGAUACGGCCUAGUCAUAGUAUUCAAUGUGAUAAUGUGGGGAUGUUUUGCCAACAGCCUUAAAGCUCUCUCAUCUUUACAAGCUACAGUUACUAACUUUGCCACAAACUUCCUUACUUCUGGUCUAGCUGGAUACUUUUUGUUUGAAGAAGCGUUAUCUUUUCAGUGGUUAACAGGCGCUGUGCUCAUUGUAAUUGGUGUCCUCAUACUCAGUAAAUCCAGCACCGAGAGAAAGUUUGAGGAGGAUGGAACAACCAGAAAGAAGAUGCAUUAAUACUCUUUCAUUUCUUGUCCAUGUAAAUUAGAAACUAUUAUUCAAGAAAGAAACAACAUAUGCUGAGAACGUGCAUAUUCAUGACAAAAUUCAUUGUGGUUAGGGCUUUGAAUUUAGAUCAGAUUUGAUCCUUCCAUUAUUUAGUUAACAAAAAGAAAAAAGUUCUUACUGUAAUUUUCUUGCCGAAGAGCAAUUAACAGAUAAUGGAAUUUGGUUCUAGAAUCAUGCUGAAUUCAUUGUCUAACCAACGGCGAUUUCUUCUUUCUCAUAGUUAUAGUUUCUUUCUCAAGAAAAGCUUUGUAAAACAAUCGCCAACAUUACUAAAAGCAUUAACUGAUAUGAUAUAUAAUUUAUCCUAUAUUUUUUUAUUACUGAA